AGAAUAAAAUGGCCGAUCAUAGGCGAAGAGUGUCUUCACAUUCCAGCAAAAUUGCUAAAAAUCGCAAUUCGUCGACAGAUAGCAAUACGCAAAAUGCAUUCAGGAAUGAUGGUAGUUUUAUGGAACUAUUUAGAAAGAAAAUGGAAGAGGAAGAGCGAAAGAAAAAGCUGUUAGUGUUAGAUUUGCAAGCCCAAGUCUCGGAUGUCAAAGAAUGCACAUCGUCGCCGACAGUGGCGACAACGACGAUGUCAACAUCAGCAGCGAAACAACGAGCAGUUGUUGACAAAGAAUUAAGCGACUCCGGAAGUUGCACCGAAGAUUCUUCUAAUUCGUGUAUAGAGGCUACGAAUCACAAUAAGAUAUCUUCAAGCUCGCAUGAUCGUUCCGAAACUAACCCCGUGGCAGUUGAAAGCAGUUCACAAGCAACUGUACCCGUGAAGAAACCAAGCUUGUUGUCAUACGUCGGUAAGCGACGAGGAAGCAAACCUGCCCUGAAAACAGGCAUUGUGAAGAAGCAGAAGAACGAUGGUGAUGCUGAGGUGCCCAAAGAACCGUGGGAACGAUACCUACAUGAGGUGCGCAAGUAUAAAAGCCAAAUGUGCACAGACGAAGAUCAAACAAGACCACUUGUUAAGUGACAGUGCAUCACUGUGUUGAACAGUUAAGGUUUAAAGCUGUAUAAGUAUUUGUUAUUGUUUUACUGCAACACUAGUAGAACAGCACUCACGUUUUAGAAGUAGUACGUGCACUAUUUCAGAUAAUCACAUAUAAAUUUUAUUAUGUAAUCAUACAGUACAUACAUCAAGUGUUGAUUAGAUUGCUGCACUAGUCAAUUCUAACAUCUUGAGCUAGUUUGAAGGUGUGUCAUGCUGUAAUUGGCAGUUUCUGUGAAGCCUUGCAGGAGAAGGGAUUACUAUAGUUUGGUUUAAAAAAAAGCCACCUGAACAUUACACAUUAUCGCCUAACUUACAGAUAGGAUAAGCUCUACCAAUAUCCUGUCUAAGAGCCUUGCCGUAGUAUGUAUUGUGUUAUGUAUAGACGUAUUAUGCCCACUCAUAUCUUGAAAGACACCAUCUAUGCUACAUGGGCGGAUCCAGGAUUUUUGAAAAGGGGGUGUCCAGGAAGAAAUAAAGGGCACUUUUUCAUGCUUACUUUUUCUGG